AUGGGCGUUUGUCCAUCUCGCAGACGAUACAUACAGAUGGCAGGAGAUGAGAGCGAGUGCGGUGAGGGGCUGACUUUGUGUGGACCUAGCCAAAUUCAGGUGCUGCGCGGCAAACACCGGGACUGCGAAGUGGUGCUGCUCUUGUGCAGCGAAAGCCAUGAGGAUGCCAUUGAUCUCACUCGAAAGAAUGGUGUGGUCGACAGGUAUGAGGAUUGGAUCGCGCUAGCAAAAGUUCCCAACUUCAACUCCAAGUCUGCUUGGAAGUCCAAGAAAGGCCUGAGCGAGGAUCAAGCCAAGAAGUGGGCAUCACGACAGUUAGAAGAGGCUGAGGACGACGACGAUGAAAUGAGCAAAGAUGGUGCAGUGCUCGUGUUCAUCGCCGACGGCCACAAAGGUAAGAGCUACCUGUUCGUGCCAGAUCUUGUGGACUGUCAGGAGGGUGUGCUACCUGAGAACGCUGUCGCUUUUGAAUGGGGAGACCUAGAUGAUGAAGCCCGGGAGUUUAGCCGGCGCCGAAAAAUGCGGCAGGAGAUGACCGUGGAGGAACUGGAUGCCCUGCUGGCGAAACGAAAGGAGGAUCGGCGGAAGGAAGGCGUGGAACUCUUUGAUGAUUGGCUCAUCCAUCAGAUCCAGUCUAGUGACAUGCCAGUGGAGGUGGUCCUGGAAAGUCCGGUGCCGGCAGAGGAGGUGGAGAUUCACACUGAGAAGGACAUGGCUCUCCCUCCAAGUGCUCCCAGCUGUUUGCGUGGCAUCGAGCUCGACUCUGACACGGAUAGUGAUGACGAAAACGAUGGUGGAAGCGAUGCCUACAUCGACUACCUACGGCGGCGCCUGUCCUCGGCACUGCCGCCCGAGCGCCUGCAUUGUGCAGAUCCGCGGGAGCUGGGCGAGGGGAGUGAAGAACUGAGCUUGCGAGAUGCUUUCCAGCGAUUAUUGACCCAACCUCGACCCAAAGAUUUGGAAGAGGUGGAGCUCGAUGCGCUUGGGGCAUCUUACGCCGAUGACAGCGACGGUACCGAGUCGCAUGAGUCGGAGAAAAACGCUGCCGGCGGCAAAGAUGACACAGUUCCAGCAGUGCCUUCUUUUGAAGCAUUUUUCGGAGCAGCUUCAGAUGUGCUCUACUACCAUCCGGAGGUGAAGAUGGACUACGUUCCAUUCCUGAGGAAAUGCGUCGGUUCUCCGGAGGCUUUGCAGAAAUUCUUCGAGCGCCUCUUCUUUAGCACAGUGACUGAAACUUUGUCAGAGCUGACCUUGACGGAAGAGACGAGGCCCUUCACUCGCAUUCGUUCAUUGAUCUACCAGAAAGAGAAGGAUGGCCCGGUGUAUCGUCGCCCAAAGGAACGGCCAAGGAUUCCAGUGAAGGUGCUGCCCAUGGACUGCUUUUUGGUGGCCUCCCAAUCCGAGUCUCCAAGAACGUGGGUGUCUGGUUUGGCUCAGAGAGUGAAAGAGUUGGGAGGCGAGCACUUCGUGACGUGUGCGCAGAUGGCCUACCAGAUUCAGGUGAAACAACUCUUGGCCGAUCCUAAACAUGCGGACGAGGAUGGCGACUACUUUGAGGCCUGGCUUCGUGAGUGUCAUCCAAGGAUUUACGAGGAUAUCGAUGUCAGUGAUCCAGCGGAGUUGUUAAAGAACACGGUGCCAAGUGAGAGCACACCAAAGCGAAAGCACAAGUUAGGGGAGAUCCGCAUCCCCAACGUCCAGGAGGCCUUCGAGGAAUUGAUGCAAUUCGACCCGGAGGAGCGGAGGAGCAGCCGCCGGGAACGUGUCAUGGCCAAUAUCCUGGUCGAUGUCUACAUGUUGUGCAUCGUUGAUGUGGCCCUGGCCCUGUUGACAGCAGAGGCCAUUCUCCGGACCCAAAAAGGACCUGCGGUGAUCGUGGUCUAUGCUGGUGCCGACCACAUCCGGAAGCAGGUGAAGUUCUGGGAAUCGCAGGGCUUCAGCUCAAAGCAGCUGCCAGAGGAUGGCAUCGUGGGACAGGAGGACUAUGAGGAGUUUGAGCCUCAUUUGCUCGAGAUGCCAGAAGCCUUGCGCAAUUUCUCACAGCUAUUUCCAGUGCCGUGA